GCAACAGCCGCCGCCAUGGGGCAGGACUACUACGCGGUGCUGGAGCUGACCCGCAGCGCCAAGGACGCCGACAUCAAGAAGGCCUACCGGAAACUGGCCUUGAAAAACCACCCUUAUAAAAACCUUGAGCCAUGGGCCCCGGAGAAAUUCAAGCAGCUUGCAGAAGCCUAUGAUGUCCUGAGUGACCCACUGAAGAAGGCUGUUUAUGACAAAUUUGGAGAAGAAGGCCUUAAAGGAGGCAUCCCAUUGGAAUUUGGGAAAGACAGUCCCUGGACGGAAGGCUAUGUGUUCCAUGGAAAUCCUGAGAAAGUUUUCCGGGAGUUUUUUGGAGGAGACAACCCCUUUAAUGAGUUCUAUACUGGUGAAGGGGCUGAAGUCAACAUGGCAUUUGGGGGGCUGCGAGGAAGGGGGGUGAAGAAGCAGGACCCCCCGAUCGAGCGAGAUCUGUACCUUUCCCUGGAAGACUUAUUCUACGGAUGCACCAAAAAAAUAAAGAUUUCCCGCAGGGUGAUGAAUGAAGACGGCCAUGCGUCCACCAUUAAAGAUAAGAUCCUGUCGAUUAACGUACAACCUGGGUGGAAACAAGGGACGAGGAUUACCUUUCAGCGGGAAGGAGACCAGGGUCCAAACAUCAUCCCAGCCGACAUCAUCUUCAUCGUGAAGGAGAAGCUUCACCCCAGAUUCAAGAGGGAGGACGACAACCUGAUCUACGUCGCCAGCCUCCCCCUUGGCAAGGCUCUGAUCGGCUGCACUGUGGACGUGCAGACGCUGGACGAGCGACUGCUCAAUAUCCCCAUCAACGACAUUGUCCACCCCAAGUACUUCAAAGUCGUGCCUGGCGAAGGAAUGCCUCUGUCCAAGGACCCCACCCGCAAGGGGGACCUCAUCAUGUAUUUCGACAUCAUCUUCCCGCCGAGGCUCACCCCAGCCAAGAAGCAGCUCCUGCGGCAAGCCCUCCUGACCUGAGAGGGGCACGGCCGGCUGGCCUUGGUCGCCACCGAAUGCAUCACAGGAGCAAAGCUUUGUGCCAUUUCUCUCGGUUUUUAAUUCUCAACAGGAACAGCAAAGCGGCAAACGUGGUACCCUGCUAGGCUGUGUGAGAGCUGGCAGCAGUCACGGCACUUAGCAGUGCCACACCAGCAGAAGCCCUGUGCACCCAGAGGGAGAUGUGCGUCUUCUAAGCACACUGCCAUAUAACUUCUAUUGAGCAUCUCAGUCUGUAGUUAGGAGAAGGGCAGAGUGCAAAGAGCCACUUUGAAUGCUUUUGAGUCAAACAAAGUAAACAUCUGAAAACACGGCAGCAGCCGUCUCGUCAGAACUCAAUAAAUGAA